AUGGAAGCGGGACUGUUGGUAUCAUCUGAGAAAGGAUAUACUCAAACAGCUCGCUUGUUACUAGAGUACGGAGUAGAUAUAGACACAGCUGACACGUCAGGAGAAACUGCUCUACAUCGAGCCACAAUUAACAGUAAGAAGGACACAGUGAAAUGUCUUCUAGAGUAUGAAUGUGAUGUGGAUGCAUCUACAUCCGAUGGAGAGACGGCACUAAUGCUGGGUUGUGAGAAAGGUCAUACUGAGAUAGUACGGCUGUUGAUACAACGUGGUGCAGAUAUAAACACGAUUAAUACUAAUCGAGACACUGCACUAAUGCUGAGUUGUGAAAAAGGUCAUACUGAGAUAGUACAGCUGUUGAUAGAACGUGGUGCAGAUAUAAACUGGGAUAAUAAUAAUGGAGACACUGCAUUAAUGCUGGGUUGUAAAAAAGGUCACACCGAGAUGGUACGGCUGUUAAUAGAACGUGGUGCAGAUAUAAACACGAUUAAUAAUAAUGGAGACACUGCACUAAUGUUGGGUUGUGAAAAAGGUCAUACUGAGAUGGUACGGCUGUUGAUAGAACGUGGUGCAGAUAUAAACACGAUUAUUAAUAAUGGAGACACUGCACUAAUGUUGGGUUGUGAAAAAGGUCACACUGAGAUGGUACGGAUGUUGAUAGAACGUGGUGCAGAUAUAAACACGAUUAUUAAUAAUGGAGACACUGCACUAAUGUUGGGUUGUGAAAAAGGUCACACUGAGAUGGUACGGCUGUUAAUAGAACGUGGUGCAGAUAUAAACACGAUUAAUAAUAAUGGAGACACGGCACUAAUGUUGAGUUGUAAAAAAGGUCAUACUGAGAUAGUACGGCUGUUGAUACGACGUGGUGCAGAUAUAAACACGAUUAAUACUAAUGGAGACACUGCACUAAUGUUGGGUUGUGAAAAAGGUCACACUGAGAUGGUACGGCUGUUAAUAGAACGUGGUGCAGAUAUAAACACGAUUAAUACUCAUGGAGACACGGCACUAAUGUUGAGUUGUGAAAAAGGUCACACUGAGAUGGUACGGCUGUUGAUACGACGUGGUGCAGAUAUAAACACGAUUAAUAAUAAUGGAGACACGGCACUAAUGUUAAGUUGUGAAAAAGGUCAUACUGAGAAGGUACGGCUGUUGAUAGAAUGUGGUGCAGAUAAAAACACGACUAAUAAUAAUGGAGACACUGCUUUAAACAUUGCUCACCGAGGGGAUCAUAGUGACAUUGUGAAGGUUUUAGAAGACAGCAUGGAAGAUACAAACACUGAGACUGACGAUGAGAAAACUGCUGUAUAUACUGCUGAACAAAAUGAUUAG